AUGGAGGGAUCGGCGACGGAGGGAAAUCACGGAGGCAAUCCCCGCGCCGAGCAUGCCGCAACCAAGGAGUCCGAGGCGGCGGCAAUGCAACACCAUCUGACGCUGCUCCAGCCGACCGUGGUCGAAGUUUCUGCAGCCGUGCUGGAUAAGGACAAGGUGGGGGAGCACGAGUCAGUGGGGCUGGUCGGUGGCUCUCCACCUUCUGGUGGACGGGGGAGGCGUAGGCAGAGGAAGAGCGAUGGGGAGGACGAUUAUGACACCGCCGUGCCCGGGGACCUCAUUACGCGGGUGAAGAGGCGGCAGACGACAGGUAGUGCUGACGACGCCGGAGGCGCGGCAGCUGGGACACCGCGAGGCGCCAAGGAAGCUAGUGGCAAGGCGGGCGGUCAAGCAUUGCGCCAGAAGGGCCGACCCGCAGCAAGAAAAGCAUCCGGCGGAAGGAGAGGCAAGAAAGCAGCGACGGGAACAAAGCCGAAACGGGGCGAUGAAGACCCCGGUGAUGCGGAGGAGGAGGAUGAGGAGGAGGAUGCGGAGGGAGAGGAGGAUGAAGAGGAAGCGGAGGAGGAUGACGCGGAUGUUGGGGAGGAGAUGAGGCAUUCAGAGGAGCUGCAGCGGCAGAUUAACAG